UCCCGAAAUCCAACAUUCACAGUUCACCGCUCAGGGACCAGGUAACGGCACCAGCAAGCAGUCCGUGCACCGCGCAUCACGUGCAUUAAAGUCUCCGAGUGCGAUCGGUUUUCUCUAUCUCUCUGUCUCUCUCUCUCUCUCUCUCUCUCUCUAUCUAUCUUUCCAUCACUCGUUUGUUGUUUUGCGGCUCAUUUCGAUCAUCCGCGCCGUACGCCGUUUCUCACAUCGUUGCAGCAGCAGCUCGCAACACCAUCCGUCGAAAGAAAAAGCUGGUGAUCGACACAAAUCAACAUGAACACGUUUUCCUUACGUUUGCUGUUUGCCCUUUGUGCACUAUCUCAUCAUACAUUGGCACAAAGUGGUUAUAACUACAACAAACCGUCGAAUCCUUUGAACAGUCCAACUACAUCAAGGCCAUAUGGCAACGAUGGAUUAGUAUCCAAACCUUCGGGUACUAGCUACCCUACUCCUUUCCCAAGCACAGGAUCAUAUCCAACACAAUCUGACCAAUUUGGUUCGACUGGACUUGCAGGCACACCGAGUUAUACUAGUGGAUAUGGUGGCCAAACCGCUUACCCAACAUCUGCUCCUCAAGAUUUCACUACUGCUAACUUCCCUGGUACCACUGCCCAGCGACCGGGAAGUUUCUCUACUGGCUCAUCUUCAGGAUAUGGCCCAUCAGGCGAUGGUUCUUCUGGUCAAAAACCGAGCUAUGGACCAAGUGGUCAAGAGAGUUUAGGAGCACCUCAAAGUGGUAACGGAUAUGGCGGUGUUAGUAAUGCUGGUGGAUCAGGAUCUAGUUUUGGAUCAGGUAGCGGAUCUGGGUCGAGACCAAGUGGAUUUGGUGGAAACAAUGGAGCACCAGGUUCAACUGGUUUUGGUAGUGGAAAUUAUCCGGGUAGUUAUGGAAGUGCAAAUAAUGCAGGACCAACUGGUUUUGGGAGCAAUGCAGGAACAACUGGUUUUGGAAGUACCAGUGCCUCAGGUUAUGGCGGCAGUAGCGCUCCUGGACAAGGAGCUGGUUUUGGAAGCAGCCCGGGAUCAAGUGGUUUUGGAUCCGGUAGCUCACCUGGAAACUUUGGAGGCAGUGGCAUCGGACAAGGAUCAAAUGGAUACGGUAGUGGUAAUGUAGGUGGAUCUAGACCAAAUUAUGGUGCCAAUGGAUUCGGUGGACAAGGCCCUAGCAGUGUUGGAGGUGGAAAUGCUGGUGGACAAGGACCUAGCAGUUUCUUCGGUGGAAACGUUGGUGGUCAAGGACCGAGCAGUGUUGGUGGUGGAAAUGCUGGUGGACAAGGACCUAGCAACUUCUUUGGAGGUAACGCUGGUGGACAAGGACCAAGCAGUGUUGGUGGUGGAAAUGCUGGUGGACAAGGACCUAGCAACUUCUUCGGAGGUAACGCUGGUGGACAAGGACCCAGUGGCUUUGGAUCUGGUUUUGGAGCUGGAAACUCACCAAGUGGUAAUGCCGAUGAUGGUUCUUAUGAAGGUGGAGAUUUAUCUGCUAUUCCUGGUGAACCAGGAACUGAUUAUCCAAUAUUAUCUGAAAUACCAAAAACUUCAUUUACUUGUAACCAAAGAUUGCCAGGUUACUAUGCUGACACUGAAACCAGAUGCCAAGUAUUCCAUAUUUGUUCAAACGAUAUUAAAUAUGACUUUAUAUGCCCCAAUGGAACAAUUUUCCAUCAACAAUACUUCGUAUGUGUCUGGUGGAAUCAGUUUGAUUGUUCGACUGCCGAAAGUCUUUACGGAUUAAACGCUAACAUUUAUGAUUAUUCAAAAGUAGGUGCUCCAGGACAAUCUGGUCCACAAGGUCCUGUUGCUAACUUUCCUGGACAAGUUGGUCCAAUUGGACCAGUAGCCAACUUCCCUGGUCAAUCCGGACCACAAGGUCCUGUAGCUAACUUCCCCGGUAUAUCUGGUCCACAAGGUCCAAUUGCCAACUUCCCUGCUAUUGCUGGUCCACAAGGACCCACCGCCAACUACCCGGGACAAUCAGGACCACAAGGACCAACUGCGAACUAUCCAGGCCAGUUUGGACCACAAGGACCAACCGCUAACUACCCCAGUCAAUCAGGACCACAAGGACCAACCGCUAACUACCCCGGUCAAUCAGGACCACAAGGACCAACCGCCAACUAUCCAGGACAGUCUGGACCACAAGGACCAACUGCAAACUAUCCCGGACAGACAAGUGCACAAGGCCCAACAGCAAGUUAUCCAUCGCAAACAAGUGCACUUUUCCCAGGACAACGUCCAGGUAGCUACCCAGGUGCACAAGGUCCAUCUUCAUAUCCUUCUUCUGGUGCAAGCAAUAAUGGUCGACCAAGCUCUCAAGGUUCAUUCGGAAGUGUAGGCACAACACCAUACCCAAGUCAAGGAAGUUCGGUGGGAUCAUAUGGUCCAGGCUCAACUUUACCAGGUUCAUCACCAACUAUAGCUUCAUACCCAGGAUCAACAUCUUCUGAUGAACAGUUUGUUAACUCUUACAACAAGCCAGCGGUACCCGAUAGGGAAUACUUGCCACCUUAUAGAAAAUAAUAAUCGAAGCUCAAAAAUGCCAUAAUUUAGUUUAACUAUCAAAUUUAUUACCUAGACUUAGGCUUUUAUAUAAUUUUUGUUAUUGAACAUUAUUAAUACCAUAAUAUUUUAUUCCGCUUGUUUAAAAAUAAAAUACUG